CCACCAUGAGCACAGGCCUGCGGUACAAGAGCAAGCUGGCGACCCCAGAGGACAAGCAGGAUAUCGACAAGCAGUACGUGGGCUUCGCCACACUGCCCAAUCAGGUGCACCGGAAGUCUGUGAAGAAGGGCUUCGAUUUCACGCUCAUGGUGGCCGGUGAGUCGGGCCUGGGGAAGUCCACACUGGUCCACAGCCUCUUCCUGACCGACUUGUACAAGGACCGGAAGCUGCUCAGUGCUGAGGAGCGCAUCAGCCAGACUGUAGAGAUCCUGAAGCACACAGUGGACAUUGAGGAGAAGGGGGUAAAGCUGAAGCUCACCAUUGUAGACACGCCAGGCUUCGGGGAUGCUGUCAACAACUCAGAGUGCUGGAAGCCCAUCACGGACUACGUGGACCAGCAGUUCGAGCAGUAUUUCCGCGAUGAGAGCGGGCUCAACCGCAAGAACAUCCAAGACAACCGUGUGCACUGCUGCCUGUACUUCAUCUCCCCUUUUGGGCACGGGCUGCGGCCCGUGGAUGUGGGUUUCAUGAAGGCCCUGCACGAGAAGGUGAACAUCGUGCCCCUCAUUGCCAAAGCUGACUGUCUCGUCCCCGGCGAGAUCCGGAAGCUGAAGGAGCGGAUCCGGGAGGAGAUUGACAAGUUCGGCAUCCACGUGUACCAGUUCCCUGAGUGUGACUCCGAUGAGGACGAGGACUUUAAGCAGCAAGAUCGGGAACUGAAGGAGAGUGCGCCAUUCGCAGUUAUCGGCAGCAACACAGUGGUGGAGGCCAAGGGGCAGCGGGUCCGGGGGCGACUGUACCCCUGGGGGAUCGUGGAGGUGGAGAACCAGGCACACUGCGACUUCGUGAAGCUGCGCAACAUGCUCAUCCGCACGCACAUGCAUGACCUCAAGGACGUGACAUGCGACGUGCACUAUGAGAACUAUCGGGCACACUGCAUCCAGCAGAUGACCAGCAAACUGACCCAGGACAGCCGCAUGGAGAGCCCCAUCCCCAUUCUGCCCCUGCCUACCCCUGACGCUGAGACAGAAAAGCUCAUCAGGAUGAAGGAUGAGGAGCUAAGGCGCAUGCAGGAGAUGCUGCAGAAGAUGAAGCAGCAAAUGCAGGACCAGUGACCCCACUGGGUCACUGUGACCAGCCCCACAUUGCCGUGGAUAGACUGCCAGUUUCCAGGCUGGCCCUUCCCAUCCCUGGACCCCAACUGGCCUGGACUCAACCCUGGAAUCAUCUGGAUCUCCAACAGGCCUGGGCACAACCCCAGUCCCAGAGUGACCUAGACCAGGACUGUUCCCAACUUUUCCUGACCUGACCCAGAGACGCGGGGUCACGGCCCCCAGCCAGCCCUAAUUUAUUCUCAGCAUCGGUCCUUCCCCUCAUUUGUAUCUGCUUCCAAGAGGCCUAGAGAGCAGCCCCCCACAGCUGGCCCCCUUUGCCCUUGGGAGAGCAGCAGCUAGGUUGGGACAUGACUUUUAAGAUUUACCCCUGAACUCCAACUCCAGGCCCUACUCAGGCGGGUGGGUAAAACAAGGCAGAAUAGGGGAGCAGAUGCCCAGCAUCCCGGACCUAUUUCCCCACCCCAGUGCUGCAGAGUGGACGUGGGAGUCCUCAUGUGCCCACUCCCUUGGGCCACCCAGCUUAUGCUGAGACCUCACUUUGUGCCGAGGUGGGCCAGGUCCUUCCUUACCUCCUCACCCCCUUCCCGGGUAGCUCAGUGGGCGGGUUGGGCAACAGAAGCGCUCAUGAUCCCUCCAGACCGAAGGAGGGCAGCUGGCCACAGGCAAGGAUUUCAUGGGGCUGGUGGGCUGGGACGCCUGUGAUCGCCCAUACUCGUCACCCGUGGCUGUGGCCUGGCCUGAGGGCUCCAGGAGCAGUGGGUGGUGGGCAGCCUGGCAACCCCCUAUCCCUAGACUGCCAUUCCCUGCCUGUGGCUGGAGGUUCCUUCUCCCCAGCAGCACUGUUGCCCUGAAUUCCCUAGCCCAUCCAACCCCCACCCCCUACCCCCAGCAUGAUACCUUACCCCAAACCCCAUUCUCCAGUUUUGUUCGGUUGUGAAUGCUGCGUCCUGUCCUGGUGACAGGAGAACAAUGUUGGUGAAGUCGCA